AUGGACCCUAAUAGUAAUAAUGACGAUAAAGAUAGCAAUACAAAUGCUGUCGACAAUGUUCAAAGAGACAUUAGUAGUAGUGAUGCAAAAGAUUUUUACCCACAAAUGGUAGAAGAUCAAUCGAUACAACACUUGAUUUCAUGGGCAAUUUCUGGUGAUGUUUUUAGUGUAUCGAAUCCUACCGAAUUUUCAAAAACUGUCUUGCCACAAUAUUUUAAACAUAACAAUUGGCAAAGUUUUGUGAGACAAUUAAACAUGUAUGGUUUUCAUAAAGUAAAUGAUAUGUUUCACGCAAAUCCGACGAGUGAGAGUCAAGCAUGGGAAUUUAAGCACCCAGAAUUUCGUCGAGGACAACUUGCUGCCUUACAAAAUAUUAAACGUAAAAGCGCAAAGCAUCAAUCAUCUAAUCAUAUUAAAGGAAAUUUAUCUAGUGCUGGUACUGGACAAAAUCCAUCAUCAGAUAUUACUGCUGCUGAUGCUGUGCGUGAUGAAAAGAUUGAAUAUUUAACAAAUCAAAUGGCUGAGAUAAUGGAAAAAAUGCGCCAAAUGAGUGAAAAUUAUAGCUUACUUUACGCAGAAACCGUUUCGUGCCGAAUGCAACAAUCGAAACACGAAAAGGUAAUUACUGAUAUUGCGAAUUUUCUUUCAUCAAUACUACGUGAAGUGGAUUGUAUACAAGCAGAAGUAGUCAAGUUUGGGCAAGGUGAUAUACCACCCUCCCCUCAUCCUCCUAUGAUGCAAUUUCCCCAUUACUAUAGAGAAGGAAUGCACCCAACUCGAUCAAUGUCAACUCCACAACCCAUGAUUGGAGUUGAAUCUACUUCCUCUUCGCAUCAUUCUUCAUCAUUCUUGGGUUCGCAAUCUCUUCAUAGAUCGCCCACUAAAAUUCCAUCAUCUAGUCCUUUAUCUAUGUUACCGGAAUUACCAUUUACACAUCAUUUUCAACCUAGCAAUAAUUAUCUUCGGCAUCGUUCUCCUGAGCCGAUAACGAAUACGAGCCCUAGUGGUGAAUCAAGAACUUCAUCUAUAGACGCUUACAGAUCUUCCUCUAUACAAUCUACGAGUUCUAACUCGUCUCAAACAACUCCGAAAUACCCUCAACCUAGCCGUUCAUCAACACACCCGUCACAUAUGCAAUCAGCGAGUACACCAAGUCGACGAGCGUCACAACCUACUACCUCUCUAAGUUUUGGUUCUGAUAGCAAUCUAUUAAAUCCAUCUGAAACAAAUAGAUACAAAGACAAUAAUACAACUACAAUACCAAAAUCGCAAAGUGCUACAUCAUCUUCUCCCACUCCCUAUAGUAAGUCUGAAGAUCCAAUCGUUACCAAUCCCACGACAACACAGCAACGACCCCCUCCAUUACCUGAUCCCCCAGACAAUGAAAUUGAACAUAAUAAACGUCACAAGAAAAAUUAA